CUUGUCGGAGCCUGACUGAGGCGGUGGCAAGAUGGCGGCCUCGGGAGGCAGCGGCGGCAGCAGCAGCAGCGCCGGCGGGGGGACCGGCAGUGCCGGGACGCCCCCCACCACGGCGGCGGAGCGGGAGCCCGGCUGGGAAGUGGCGGUGCGGCCGCUGCUCUCCGCCUCCUACUCGGCCUUCGAGAUGCGGGAGCUGCCUCAGCUGCUGGCCUCGGUCAUUGAGAGUGAGUCUGAAAUCCUGCACCAUGACAAGCAGUAUGAGCCAUUUUAUUCCUCUUUCGUUGCACUCUCGACGCACUACAUCACCACAGUGUGUGGGCUGGUACCCAGAAACCAGCUGCAGUCAGUGGCAGCUGCCUGUAAAGUCCUGAUUGAAUUCUCUUUACUGAGACUGGAGAACCCGGAUGAAGCUUGCGCUGUGUCACAGAAACACCUGAUCCUGUUGAUCAAGGGGCUGUGUACCGGCUGCAGCCGUCUGGACCGAACCGAAAUAAUCACAUUCACCGCUAUGAUGAAAUCGGCCAAGCUGCCCCAGACGGUGAAGACCCUCUCUGAUGUGGAGGAUCAGAAAGAGCUAGCUUCGCCCGUCAGCCCCGAACUGCGACAGAAGGAAGUGCAAAUGAACUUCCUCAACCAGCUGACCUCGGUCUUCAACCCUAGAAUGGCGCCUUCACCAUCCACGCCGCAGACCCAGGGUGAAGGGGAAGGCGACGAUCAGAUCUCCACGGACCAGGCCUCUGCAGCCCAAACCAAAAGCCUGUUCAUUGCUCAGAAUGUGUCCAGCCUCCAAGAGCUUGGUGGCUCUGAAAAGCUGCUACGGGUCUGCCUGAAUCUCCCCUAUUUCCUGCGCUACAUCAACCGCUUCCAGGACGCUGUGUCUGCCAACUCCUUUUUCAUCAUGCCCGCCACGGUCGCAGAUGCCACGGCAGUCCGCAAUGGGUUCCAUUCGCUGGUGAUUGAUGUGACCAUGGCCUUGGACACACUCUCCCUCCCUGUGCUGGAGCCCCUCACUCCCACAAGGCUGCAGGAUGUCACAGUGCUGGCGCUCAGCUGCCUCUACGCAGGAGUGAGCGUAGCAACCUGCAUGGCGAUCCUCCACGUGGGCACCACCCAGCAAGUCCGCACCGGAUCCACAAGUUCUAAAGAAGAAGACUAUGAGAACGAUGCUGCCACGAUCGUGCAGAAAUGCCUUGAAAUCUAUGACAUGAUUGGCCAAGCCAUCAGCAACUCGCGCCGUGCAGGCGGGGAGCACUACCAGAACUUCCAGCUGCUCGGGGCCUGGUGUCUGCUGAACAGCCUCUUCCUCAUCUUGAACCUCAGCCCCACAGCCCUGGCCGAUAAGGGGAAGGAGAAGGACCCCUUGGCUGCCCUCCGGGUCCGUGACAUCAUCGCUCGGUCCAAAGAAGGGGUGGGCUCUCCCAAGCUGGGCCCUGGGAAAGGGCACCAGGGAUUUGGAGUCUUGUCUGUUGUGCUGGCAAAUCACGCCAUUAAGCUGCUGACCUCCCUCUUCCAAGAUCUGCAAGUGGAAGCGCUUCACAAGGGAUGGGAGACCGAUGGCCCUCCGGCAGUGCUGAGCAUAAUGGCUCAGAGCACGUCGAUCCAGCGGAUCCAGCGGCUGAUUGACUCGGUGCCUCUCACCAAUCUGCUGCUGACCUUGCUUUCCACAUCUUACCGAAAGGCCUGCGUCUUGCAGCGGCAGCGGAAAGGUUCUAUGAGCAGUGACGUGAGCGCUUCCACAGAUUCCAACACUUACUACGAGGACGACUUCAGCAGCACUGAAGACAGCAGCCAGGAUGAUGACAGUGAGCCAAUCCUAGGCCAGUGGUUCGAAGAGACCAUCUCGCCCAGUAAAGAGAAAGCGGCCCCUCCUCCCCCUCCCCCACCUCCUCCCCUGGAAAGUUCUCCUCGAGUGAAAAGCCCCAACAAGCAGGCCGCUGGUGAGAACGGGAACAUCCUGGCCAGCCGCAAAGACCCUGAGCUGUUCUUAAGCCUGGCGUCCAACAUCCUCAACUUUAUCACUUCGUCCAUGCUGGACUCCAGGAACAAUUUCAUCCGCAACUACCUGAGCGUCUCUCUCACCGAGCAGCACAUGGCUACCCUGUCCAGCAUCAUCAAGGAAGUGGACAAGGACGGGCUUAAAGGCACUGCGGAGGAGGAGGAGUUUGCUGCUGCCCUCUACCACUUCAACCACUCCCUUGUGACUUCUGACCUCCAGUCCCCGACUUUGCAGAACACUCUCCUGCAGCAGCUGGGCGUGGCGCCCUUCUCCGAAGGGCCCUGGCCUCUCUACAUUCACCCCCAGAGCUUGUCUGUGCUCUCUCGACUUCUUCUCAUCUGGCAGCACAAAGCCAGUGCCCAGGGAGACCCUGAUGUGCCGGAAUGCCUCAAAGUGUGGGAGAGGUUCAUUGGUACCCUGAAGCAAAAUGCCAUGCAAGGGAGUCUCCCCGGCGACACAGAAGACCUGAACGUGGAGCACCUCCAGUUGCUCUUGCUGAUCUUCCACAAUUUCUCUGAGAAGGGCCGGCGGUCCGUCCUGACCCUCUGCAUCCAGACCAUCCUGGAACUGUCAGCCAACCUGGACUCUCAGCUGCGCUGCGUCCCUCUCCUCCUGGCUCGCCUGCUCUUAGUGUUUGAUUACUUGCUUCACCAGUAUUCGAAGGUCCCCGUGUAUUUGUUCGAACAGGUACAGUACAACCUUCUGACGCCACCCAUCAUUUGGCUGAACGGAUCCCCGGAUGGGAGCAGGCGGGCCUCUUCCCCUCUCUAUCAUGGAUUCAAGGAAGUGGAAGAAAACUGGACCAAGCACUGCUCCUUGGAUGUUGUUCCUCAGCCCAGGUUCUACUGUGUUCUCUCCCCGGAAGCAUCUGAAGACGACCUGAACCGCCUGGACAGCACGGUGUGUGAGGUGCUGUUUUCCAAGGCGAUGAAAUAUGACCACCUGUAUGCAUCCCUGACCUCACUUCUGGCUGCUGGGUCUCAGUUUGACACCCUCCGCAGGAAGGAGAACAAGAACGUUGCUGCCCUGGAGGCCUGUGCCCUUCAGUACUAUUUUUUGAUCCUCUGGCGGAUCUUGGGGAUCUUGCCUCCUUCCAAGAACUACAUGAACCAACUGGCCAUGAACAGCCCCGAGAUGAGUGAAUGUGACAUCCUCCAUACACUGCGGUGGUCUUCCCGUCUGCGCAUCAGCUCCUAUGUCAGCUGGAUAAAGGAUCACCUCAUCAAGCAGGGCAUGAAAGCGGAGCAUGCUGCCUCUCUCGUGGAGCUGACGUCUGCCAAAUGCAGCUCCGUGAAGUACGAUGUGGAGAUAGCCGAGGAGUACUUUGCUAGGCAGAUUUCGUCUUUCUGCGGGAUUGACUGCACCACCAUUCUCCGGCUUCACGAGGUCCCCAGCUUGCAGUCCAUCUAUACGCUGGACGCUGCCAUUUCCAAAGUCCAGGUCUCCCUUGACGAGCACUUCUCCAAGCUCGCUGCUGAGACCGACCCACACAAAUCAUCAGAGAUCACCAAGAACCUGCUGCCUGCUACCUUGCAGCUGAUUGACACCUAUGCCACAUUCACCAGGUCCUACUUGCUGCAGAGCCUCUCUGAGGAAGGCUCCCCUGAGAACAAGCCCACCGAAGAAAAGCUGCAGGGCUACGCUGCUGUCCUGGCCAUCGGGUCCAGCCGGUGCAAGGCCAACACCCUGGGGCCGACUCUUGUCCAGAAUUUGCCUUCGGCAGUGCAAGCCUUGUGUGAGUCGUGGAACAACAUCCAUACCAACGAGUUCCCGAACAUUGGUUCUUGGCGCAACGCUUUUGCGAACGACACAAUCCCGGCAGAGAGCUACAUCAGUGCCGUUCAGGCUGCCCAUCUUGGUACCCUUUGCAGCCAGAGCCUCCCUCUCGCGGCUUCCUUGAAGCGCAGCCUCCUCUCCUUGGUCAGACUCACCGGGGACCUUGUUGUGUGGUCAGACGAAUUGAACCCCUCGCAGGUGAUCCGCACCCUCCUGCCUCUCCUCUUGGAGACCAGCACGGAGAGCGUGGCUGAGAUCAGCAGCAACUCCCUGGAGAGGAUCCUGGGCCCGGCAGAGUCUGAUGAGUUCCUGUCCCGUGUCUAUGAGAAGCUGAUCAUGGGCUGCUACAACAUCCUGGCCAACCACUCCGACCCCAACAGUGGCCUUGACGAAACAAUCCUGGAGGAGUGCUUGCAGCACCUGGAGAAGCAGCUGGAGAGCAGCCAGGCCCGCAAAGCCAUGGAAGAGUUUUUCUCGGAGAGUGGAGAGCUGGUCCAGAUCAUGAUGGCUACGGCCAAUGAAAACCUCUCUGCAAAAUUCUGCAACAGAGUGCUGAAGUUUUUCACCAAGCUCUUCCAGCUGACGGAGAAGAGCCCUAACCCCAGCCUCCUGCGCCUCUGCGGCUCCCUGGCCCAGCUGGCCUGCGUGGAGCCAUCGCGCCUUCAGGCUUGGCUGACGCGGAUGACCACCUCGCCCCCCAAGGAGUCCGACCAGCUGGACGUGGUUCAGGAGAACAGGCAGCUGCUCCAGCUCCUCACCACCUACAUCGUUCGAGAGAACAGCCAAGUUGGCGAAGGCGCCUGCACUGUCCUUCUGACCACCCUCAUCCCGAUGGCCACGGAGAUGCUGGCAAAUGGUGACGGGACCGGCUUCCCUGAGCUCAUGGUUGUCAUGGCUACCUUGGCUGGCGCCGGGCAAGGGGCGGGGCAUCUCCAGCUUCACAGCGCAGCAGUCGAUUGGCUGGGGAGAUGCAAGAAAUACUUGUCUCAGAAGAACGUGAUUGAGAAAAUGAACGCCAACGUCAUGCACGGCAAGCACGCGACCGUCCUGGAGUGCACCUGCCACAUUGUGUCCUACCUGGCUGACGUCACCAACGCCCUGAGCCAGACUGGCAGCCAGGGCACCCCCCACCUCUCGGUGGACGGCGAGGAGAGGGCCAUCGAGGUGGACUCCGAUUGGGUGGAAGAGCUGGCUGUGGAAGAGGAAGAUUCGCAAGCUGAAGACUCGGAUGAAGACUCCCUCUGCAACAAACUUUGCACCUUUACAAUCACACAGAAAGAAUUCAUGAACCAACACUGGUACCACUGCCACACCUGUAAGAUGGUUGACGGUGUCGGAGUUUGCACUGUUUGCGCCAAAGUUUGCCACAAAGACCAUGAGAUCUCAUACGCCAAGUAUGGUUCAUUCUUCUGCGACUGUGGAGCGAAAGAAGAUGGCAGUUGCCUGGCCUUAGUGAAGAGAACCCCCAGCAGCGGCAUGAGCUCCACUAUGAAGGAGUCAGCCUUCCAGAGCGAGCCCCGUGUUCCUGAGAGCGUCGUACGGCACUCCAGCACCUCUCCCACAGACAAGUCCAAAGUCUGCAUCAGUGACGGGCGAGGCUCCGACGAGGAGAAGCCCAAGAAGAGCAGCCUGUGCAGGAACGUGGAGGGCUGUCGGGAGCAGCUGCAGUCCCAGGCCAACUUCUCCUUUGCUCCACUGGUGCUGGACAUGCUGCACUUCCUCAUGGAAGCCAUCCAGAUCAACUUCCAGCAGGCCUCAGCUAUGGGCAGCAGCAGCCGGGCUCAGCAGGCUCUCAACGAGUUGCACACGCUGGACAAGAUGGUGGAAAUGACAGAUCAGUUGAUGGUGCCGACACUUGGCUCGCAGGAAGGAGCCUUUGAGAACGUCCGCAUGAACUACAGCGGGGACCAGGGCCAGACCAUCCGGCAGCUGAUCAGCGCUCACGUGCUGCGGCGAGUGGCCAUGUGCGUCCUUUCCUCACCUCACGGGCGCCGCCAGCACCUGGCUGUCAGCCACGAGAAGGGCAAGAUCACGGUGCUGCAGCUCUCAGCUUUGCUCAAGCAAGCCGACUCCAGCAAGCGCAAGCUGACCCUGACCCGCCUGGCCUCCGCCCCAGUCCCCUUCACAGUGCUGAGCCUGACAGGGAAUCCUUGCAAAGAGGACUACUUGGCUGUCUGUGGGCUGAAGGAUUGUCACGUCCUGACGUUCAGCAGCUCCGGGUCUGUCUCGGACCACUUGGUGCUUCACCCUCAGCUUGCCACAGGCAACUUCAUCAUUAAGGCUGUGUGGCUGCCGGGAUCGCAGACCGAGCUUGCCAUCGUCACAGCAGACUUUGUGAAGAUCUAUGAUCUCUCCGUGGACGCCCUGAGCCCCACCUUCUACUUCCUGCUGCCCAGCUCCAAGAUCCGGGACAUCACCUUCCUGUUCAAUGAGGAGGGCAAAAAUAUCGUGGUCAUCAUGUCUUCUGCCGGCUACAUCUACACGCAGCUUAUGGAGGAAGCCAGCAGCGCCCAGCACGGCCCCUUCUAUGUCACCAACGUCCUUGAGGUUGCCCACGAGGACCUGAAGGACAGUAACGGGCAGGUGGCCGGAGGGGGGGUGUCCGUGUAUUACUCUCAUGUUCUACAGAUGCUCUUCUUCAGCUAUUGCCAAGGGAAAUCUUUCGCAGCCACUGUCAGCCGAGCCACAUUGGAGGUGAUGCGUCUCUUCCCCAUCAACAUCAAGAGUUCCAACGGGGGCAGCAAGGCCUCCCCAGCGCUGUGCCAGUGGUCAGAAGUGAUGAACCACCCGGGCUUGGUGUGCUGCGUCCAGCAGACCACUGGUGUCCCUCUGGUGGUCAUGGUCAAGCCGGACACCUUCCUUAUCCAAGAAAUUAAAACCUUGCCAGCUAAAGCAAAGAUCCAGGACAUGGUGGCCAUCCGCCACACAGCCUGCAACGAGCAGCAGCGGACCACCAUGAUCCUGCUGUGCGAGGACGGCAGCCUGCGCAUCUACAUGGCCAACGUGGAGAACACGUCCUAUUGGCUCCAGCCCUCCCUCCAGCCCAGCAGCGUCAUCAGCAUCAUGAAGCCCGUCCGCAAACGCAAGGCAGCCGCCGUCACCACUCGCACCUCCACCCAAGUGAACUUCCCCAUCGACUUCUUUGAGCACAACCAGCAGCUGACUGACGUGGAGUUUGGUGGGAACGAUCUCCUGCAGGUCUACAAUGCCCAGCAGAUCAAGCACCGCCUCAACUCCACCGGCAUGUAUGUGGCCAACACCAAGCCCGGGGGCUUCACAAUCGAGGUGACCAACAACAACAGUUCCAUGGUGAUGACCGGCAUGAGGGUCCAGAUCGGAACGCAGGCCAUCGAGCGGGCCCCUUCCUACCUGGAGAUCUUUGGCCGCACCAUGCAGCUCAACCUGAGCCGGCCGCGCUGGUUUGAUUUCCCGUUCACCCGCGAGGAAGCUUUGCAGGCCGACAAGAAGCUUGCCAUCUUUGUCGGGGCUUCUGUCGAUCCUGCUGGCGUCACGAUGCUGGACGCCAUAAAAAUCUACGGCAAGACGAAAGAGCAGUUUGGCUGGCCGGAUGAGCCGCCAGAGGACUUCCCGUCUGCGUCGGUGAGCAACGUCUGCCCGCCCAACCUGAAUCAGGGGAACGGCACUGGAGACACAGAGGCGGCCGCCCCAGCAGCUGCGAGUGGCACCGUUCUGGAGAGUUCUGAAACUGAGUCCCUAACCAACCUGGACCGGCUAGUAGUCAGUUCUUUAGAAGCUCUGGAAAGCUGCUUUGCGGUGGGCCCAGUCAACGAGAAGGAGAAAAGCAAGGCAGCAGCCCAGGAGUUGGCGACCAUGCUGUUGUCCACCCCGGCCCCCUCCAGCGUCCAGCAGCAGACCAAGAGCCUCCUGGCGAGUCUCCACACCAGCCGCUCCGCGUAUCACAACCACAAGGACCAGGCCUUGCUGAGCAAAGCCAUCCAGUACCUGAGCACGUCAAGCAAAGAGGGGAAGGACCUCGACCCAGAAGUGUUUCAGAGGCUGGUCAUCACAGCCCGCUCCAUUGCCAUCAUGCGGCCAAAUAACCUGGUCCAUUUCACUGAAUCGAAGCUGCCUCAGGUGGAAACAGAAGCCAGUGAGGAAGGGCAGGAGGCCCAGAAAAACCUGGAAGGAGAAGGAUGCAGUUUUAUUACACAGCUGAUCAACCAUUUCUGGAAGCUGCAUGCGUCAAAACCCAAAAAUGCAUUUCUGGCACCCGCUUGCUUGCCAGGCUUGACCCAUGUUGAAGCCACUGUCAACGCUCUGGUGGACAUUAUCCACGGGUAUUGCACCUGCGAGCUGGACUGUAUCAACACCGCUUCCAAAAUUUACAUGCAAAUGUUGCUCUGCCCGGACCCCGCUGUGAGCUUUUCCUGCAAGCAAGCUUUAAUCCGAGUUCUGAGGCCAAGGAACAAGCGAAGACAUGUGACGCUGCCGUCUUCCCCUCGAAGCAACACCCCAAUGGGAGAUAAGGACGAUUACGAUGACGACGAUGCGGAAGACAAGAUGCAAAGCUCCGGGAUGGCCAACGGCGAGCACAUCCGGCAGGAGAGCCAAGAGCAGAACGAGGUGGACCACGGGGACUUUGAGAUGGUGUCUGAGUCGAUGGUGCUGGAGACGGCUGAGAACGUGAACAAUGGCAACCCGUCCCCACUGGAAGCUCUUUUGGCCGGAGCCGAGGGGUUUCCUCCCAUGCUGGACAUUCCGCCAGAUGCCGAUGACGAAACUAUGGUGGAGCUGGCCAUUGCCCUGAGCCUGCAGCAGGACCAGCAAGGGAGCAGCAGCAGCGCCCUUGGCCUGCAGAGCCUGGGUUUGUCUGGCCAAGCGCCCAGCUCCUCCUCUCUCGACGCUGGGACACUUUCAGACACCACAGCAUCAGCUCCAGCCUCGGACGAUGAAGGCAGCACGGCAGCAACGGACGGCUCCACCCUCCGGACUUCCCCAGCUGACCACGGCGGCAGCGUGGGUUCCGAGAGCGGCGGCAGCGCGGUGGAUUCCGUAGCGGGAGAACACAGCGUUUCUGGCCGCAGCAGUGCCUAUGGGGACACGACCGCAGAAGGCCAUCCUGCUGGGCCGGGGAGUGUCAGUUCCAGCACGGGCGCCAUCAGCACCACCACAGGACAGCAAGAGGGCGAAGGCUCAGAAGGCGAGGGCGAAGGGGAAGCCGAAGGAGAUGUCCAUGCCAGCAACAGAUUGCAUAUGGUCCGUUUGAUGCUGCUGGAGAGGCUGCUGCAGAACCUUCCCCAGCUGCGAAACGUGGGCGGAGUGCGUGCCAUCCCAUACAUGCAGGUGAUCCUGAUGCUCACAACAGACCUGGAUGGUGAGGAUGAAAAGGACAAGGGCGCUCUGGAUAACCUCCUUGCUCAGCUCAUUGCAGAACUCUGCAUGGAUAAGAAGGACGUGUCCAAGAAGAACGAACGUUGUGCCCUGAACGAAGUCCACUUGGUGAUCAUGAGGCUCCUAAGCGUCUUCAUGUCCCGAACGAAGUCCGGAUCCAAGUCUUCCAUUUGUGAGGCCUCUUCCCUGAUCUCCAGUGCAACAGCUGCUGCUUUGCUAAGCUCCGGUGCGGUGGACUAUUGCCUGCAUGUUUUGAAGUCUCUCCUGGAGUACUGGAAGAGCCAGCAGAACGACGAGGAGCCCGUAGCCACCAGCCAGCUCUUGAAGCCCCACACCACCUCUUCCCCACCAGACAUGAGCCCCUUCUUCCUGCGCCAGUACGUGAAGGGCCACGCUGCCGAUGUGUUUGAGGCUUACACCCAGCUAUUGACAGAGAUGGUGCUGCGGCUACCCUACCAGAUCAAGAAAAUCGCUGACACCAACUCCCGCAUUCCACCGCCAGUCUUUGACCAUUCCUGGUUCUACUUCCUGUCAGAGUACCUGAUGAUCCAGCAGACACCCUUCGUGAGACGGCAAGUCCGCAAGCUGCUGCUGUUCAUCUGCGGCUCCAAGGAGAAGUACCGGCAGCUCAGGGAUCUCCACACGCUGGACUCCCAUGUUCGUGGGAUCAAAAAGCUCCUGGAGGAGCAAGGGAUUUUCCUGAGAGCGAGUGUGGUGACGGCCAGUUCGGGCUCUGCCCUACAGUACGACACUCUCAUCAAUUUGAUGGAGCACCUGAAGGCUUGUGCGGAAAUCGCCACACAGCGAACAGUGAACUGGCAAAAGUUCUGCAUCAAAGAUGACUCUGUCCUCUACUUCCUGCUGCAAGUGAGCUUCCUGGUGGACGAAGGGGUGUCCCCAGUCCUGCUGCAGCUCCUGUCCUGUGCUCUGUGCGGCAGCAAAGUCCUGUCGGCCGCUUCUUCCUCUGGGUCAUCCAGCACUUCGGCCUCGGCUCCUGCGGGCUCUGGGGCUGGGCAGCCAGCGGGGCAGAGCAAGUCCUCUGCCAAGAAGAGCAAGAAAGAGGAGAAGGAGAAGGACAGGGAUGGGGAGGGCUCUGGCAGCCAGGAAGACCAGCUGUGCACGGCGCUGGUGAAUCAGCUGAACAAGUUUGCCGACAAGGAGACCCUGAUCCAGUUCCUGCGCUGCUUUCUCCUGGAGUCCAACUCCUCCUCCGUCCGGUGGCAGGCACACUGCCUGACUCUCCACAUCUACCGGAACUCAAACAAAUCCCAGCAAGAGCUGCUGCUGGACCUCAUGUGGUCCAUCUGGCCGGAGCUGCCAGCUUACGGGAGGAAGGCUGCCCAGUUUGUGGAUCUCCUGGGUUACUUCUCUCUGAAGACGCAGCAGACAGAGAAGAAG